AUGGCUCCACGGCGGCAAGCCCGGAACCGAAAGGAGACCGACCAACGACGUCGACGGCAUUCGGACAAAACAGAGACCAUGACGCCUCCAAACGACACGAAUGGCGAGGAAACACCACUGGACUGCUCAAGUGACUCCUGGAACGCCUCCUAUUCGAGCAACGCCUCGGCGUCGUCUCUCAGGGGCACUGGCACCUCUGAAAACAUGCUGGUAAGCAUCCUCGACCGAGGCUGCGUGCUGACGAGCGAGUCUGAAGCCCUAGACGAGUGCAUUGACAGUCUAACGGACAAACGGCGCUGGCUACGAGAAGCAGCGCUCCAUAGGGCACGGCAGCUGACGGACCUGGGACUCCGUACCGACCUCUGGUCGGAGACACGCUGUGAGCAGCUCGUGGAGCAGGCCUUGCGAGGCCCGCUGCGACGAGGGUCGCUCUGGGAGAAACGCGAAGUCUGUCGACUCAUUGGUACAAGCGUAUUGACGCUUGUGGCAAGCACCACUGACACUGAAACAGUUGAGGCGCUCCUGCAGCGAACACGUUUCGAGCAGGUCUUGCUCGAAGCGAGUGAACGCAGUGCGCCUCGACCGGACCCCGAGUGGGUUCAGUGGCAAGUCUGUGUCAUAGAGACGGUGAGUCUGUUGCGUUUUUUGGCUUCAUCUGAUUCAGUUGCAUUGGUAGCGCUGAUGCAGCGUUUAGAAAGCUGGUUCGGGCAGGAUACGUCGCCGAGCGACCUGUCAACUGGUGAAACGAAACAGCGUCUUGGCGAGUCGAGCGCGUUCGACCAGGUUGUAGCGGCCGCUAUUCGGGGAUGGUCACUGUUAGCGAGUGCCUGUCCAUCGGAGGUGAUACGGACCCAGUUAAAAGCGCGUCCGUUACGCCAGUGGCUCGAGUUGCACGCCGUCCAAGGUGACUGGAAAAGCACAUCCACACCGAAGGAGACCUGUUUAGCGGCAACAGAAGCCAUAGCGUUGUUGUUGGAGCACUCUCAAGGAACCGAUUCCGGGGUAUUUGGAUCCAAUAUACCUGCUCAUCAUAUGGACAACGAUCACACAGACGAUGAUGUUGAUGCUGUGGCUGCAUUCGCUGAGGCAGAUCGAGAAGCGCGUCUCCAUGUCGAUGCAGCCGAGGGCUCUUUCCAGGCGGGCGAAUCGUCAGCAUCUUCGGAAUGCCGGGAUUCACCACCUUGUUCUUCGUCAUCAUCAUCAUCUUCUUCUUCUUCUUCUUCUUCUUCGUCGUCGUCGUCGACGAUAACUUCCGCGGGUAUCGACAAGCUUGACAGGGCUCUGGAACGCGUCGCAUUCACGGUUGGUGCCCAGCGCUAUCGGCUUGGGAAGCGCAACCGCUCACUGCUGCGUCUGGUUGAACGCGCUGCAACGCAACGUUCUGGAAUAGAGACGCUUUCGCUUCGCCGCGGACGAGCGCAGGAACGUCUGCAAGCCAGGACUUGGGCGCAACGACGGCAGUUAGAUGCUCUGCGUCGAGCAUGUGGGCGAGCACUGACUGUCCAGCUUGAGGGCAACCCGUUCCUCCGGGAUUUGUUUGGGUUAGCGUUUAUGGGGAGCGCGCAGUCGACUAGCAGGGAUGCUAGCCCGCUGGUGGCAAACAGUAAUGAGCUGGCGCUUUCCUCGGGAACCAGCGUUUCGAGAAAGAGCCGGCGCCCGGGAAUGCGAUCUGAACAACUACGUCGCCAGGCUCGACAGGAAGCUCGUCGCCUGAAGCAGCAACGGCAGCUACAGCUGCAAAAUGAUCAAGAUUCAAUUCUUUAG